UAAAAACGAGGGAGCGAUAUCGCGAUGAAAAAUGGGAAUAAAGGAGUCUAUUCAUUAAUGAACAAUCAGAGAAUCAAGUUUAUUUAAACUCGUAAGAUAAGAGCUUUGAUAGGUAUAACUUUCAAUUAAAAAAUACAGAUAAGCUGGCUAAAAUCAACGUAUAUGCGCUCUCUUAUAGUAUCAAAUAUACGAUUAAGCUAUGUGUAUGUAAUAUCGUGCGGGUAGGAGGUACCUCACCUACAAUUGAGGAUUUCACUUGCACUCGACGAGUAACAGUUCUGUUCUGAAUUUUCGAUUAAUUUCGCGUUUUAAUUUAAUAGCAAGUGUCGAAGCUGUGUUGGCAAGUGUAUGAUAUUUUUUUUUUUUUUUGUAAAUCGGAGUGUGAACUGUUCGGAAUUUGGAAAUAAAACGUGUCGAAAUGAUGUUUGACGGAUAUACUACCUUAUCGGAGCGCACAAUCAGAAAUUUCAUCCACGAAUUUCACGUUUUUCAAACAUGGAAUUACCUUAGAUGCAAUUUCCAAGAAGCGAUGAUCCAAGAAAUACAGUAUCUUCCGGAUCAGAUAUAUUUCGCAGCCAGGGAUGGAAUGGUUCGCAUUAUGUGUUCCUUGUUGGAGAAUAUGCCGCAUGAUAAAGUUAAAGAAUUAUUGAGCAGAGAAAUGGAAGAUGACAACGGACAGAAAUGUACGCCCUUGAUAAUCGCUGCACGAAAUGGCCAUGAGAAAAUGGUGAAAGUGUUUAUAAACAGAUUCCCAGUUGAUCUAGAGCAAGAAGGAUCGGUCAAAGUUGAUAGUUUUCUCGUAGAUGGAGCAAGUGCUCUUUGGUGUGCUGCAGGUGCCGGACACAUAAACGUAGUCAAAGCUCUAGUUCACGCUGGUGCUGAUAUCAAUCACGCUACUCUGACUCAAUCUACUCCUCUUCGUGCUGCGUGUUUCGAUGGUCGUCUGGAUAUCGUACAAUAUCUCGUAGAUCAUGGAGCAGAUCUACAUAAAUUAAACAAAUUCAACAACUCGUGCUUGAUGAUAGCUGCUUAUAAAGGUCAUUUGGAAAUUGUGAAAUAUUUGCUGGAAAAAGGCGCAAAUCCUGAUCAAAAAGCGUUAUGUGGUGCUACUGCGAUGCAUUUUGCUGCCGAAUGCGGUAAUUUGGAAAUAGUCAAAGAAUUAUUGAAACAUGGAGCGAAAAUGACUCGAAAUGAGCACGGUUUAACGCCAUUAUUAGCCGGUGCCGAAAGAACACGAUUAGGUAUCGUUGAAUUUCUCAUCAAACAAGACGAAGUAUCUCUGGCAGAUAAAAUCGACGCUUUGGAAUUACUAGGAGCAUCGUUCGCUAACGAUAAGGAUAGUUACAGUUUAGAGUUGGCGUAUGUUUUUCUCAAAAGAGCCAUGGAAUACAGGUAUUUAGACUCGAACAAUGUAUUACAAAAACCGAAAUUUGAACCCGUUGCUGCGUACAACAAUCGACAAGAGUGUCAAAAUAUGGAAGAAUUGGAAAUAAUUAAGAAUAACGCCGAUGAACUGCACAUGGAAUCCUUAACUAUACGAGAGCGUAUUUUGGGUAAACACAAUCCAGACGUGCUUCAUUCGGUGGUGUUUCGAGGCGCAGUUUUUGCAGAUCAUUCGAAAUUCGAUCGUUGCAUUAUGCUAUGGUUACACGCUCUGUAUUUGUCUCAGCUGAACAAAAUAUCUAUUACCAAAGAUCUUCUCAGAUUUUCACAAGUGUUUUCACAAAUGGUAUCCAACAGAGAGACGAUCAAAUUUUCGUAUUUAGAAACCGUCCUAUCUGCAGCCGUAGCCGAACUGAGUAGGAAUAAAGAAAAAAUGCAAACAGUCACAACCAAAGACGAUAUCGCAAUGGUUCAGGAUGAAAUGGAAAGUAAUCUGCUCUCUUCGUUGUAUAUUAUCGGCAUCGUUACCAAAUUAAAAUCCAAAUUCAUCCCCGAUGAAGAAUACAGAGUUCAUCAACUUGUUCAUAAUUUAGUCAAUAUACACGCUACGUCGAGACACGGGCAAAGCUUGCUUCAUUUAUGCGUCGAUCCUGACACACCUAUCGAUAGUUUUCACAUAAUCGAAGUCUGCAGAUAUCCUUGCGCAGAAACUACGAAAUUUCUCAUCAAAUGCGGUGCUGAUGUGAACGCGAUGGAUGAUUUUCGUAAUACUCCACUACACGUUAUCGUCUGUUAUCAACGAUCUACCAACGAUUUCAUGACACUUCACUCUAUAAUAAUAGAUUUAAUCGAUGCUGGAGCUCAUAUCGAUACCGUCAACGCUAGCGGUAAAACACCAAUCGAAGUCGCUACUACUGGCGUAGCUGAGAUAAUUCUACGUACUCAAACGAAACUUAAUUUAAAAUGUUUAUCGGCGAAAAUAGUUCAAAAGUAUUCAAUUCCCUAUAAUGGAAUGGUACCCAAACAUUUAGAAAGCUUUAUUCGUUUGCACGGCGUAGAGAAAAACGACCAAAGACCGAAUAAGUUUUCAGAAACGUGUGUGAAAGAUAAACGAGAAUGAAGUGAAACAAGUGCCUGUAAACGGAGCAGAUGCAUGUUCGAUGUAAACUUCUAUACGUUGAUGGUUCGAUGUCGAAGUUUAUUGCAAUAACUCUGUGAUUUGUAUUUAUUUAAUUGUUCUAUGUACUCGUAGUACUCGUAUGAAUUCACGACACGAUGUUUUUCGUUACCUUCUUUGUUUUACGUACCUAUAAAUGUGUGUGCGCGUGUUUACGUUUACGAAUGUUUCGUAUUUUUCAUUUUGUUUGUUUUUUUUGUUGCAUUUUUGUUUUAUUUUGUAUUGUUUGUUUUUUUUUCUUUUGAAUGUACCUAGAGUACAUACAUACUGUGUAUUAUCAUCGUUAUUAUAAUCAUUUAUCUCUCUU